CGUGGAUUCAACAAUCGAGGCUCGCUUCCUUCUAUCCGUCCAACCAUCGAAGGGGGAAUUGGAAUAGGUUGUGCUUCGCAUUGCCCUUGGUCAAAUCCAGCUUUUCUCGCACUUCAGUCGGCGGGGAAGUCUCUGAGUCCGCUUCUAAUCAUAAUCAUACCCAUCCCGCUUUCUUCCCGUCUCACUAUCCUCCUUGCUCUUUGCAAAGCCCUUCUCUCCUCCCUGUUGCCCCUCCAAGGUACGGAGAGUCGGUUUAGAACACCAAGCCUUGGUCGACAAGCCCAAGCAACAAAAAAUAUCAUAAACGUCACCCGGGAAGACGUUUGAGAACCGCAAUCCACAUUACCUGCGGCCUGAUUCUCGACUCCGACUAAACCUCCUCCCUCCUUCUAAUUAAUACGCCCUCACGACGCACCACCGCCACCAUGCGUCCUGAAGUUGAGCAAGAGCUCGCUCACACGCUCCUCGUUGAGCUUCUAGCAUACCAGUUCGCCUCUCCCGUCAGGUGGAUUGAGACUCAGGAUGUGUUCCUGGCAGAGAAGACGGCCGAGCGCAUCGUCGAAGUCGGCCCCGCAGAUACCCUCGGAGUGAUGGCCAAGCGCACAUUGGCGUCCAAAUACGAAGCGUACGACGCGGCCAAGUCUGUUCAGCGACAGAUCCUCUGCUACAACAAGGAUGCCAAGGAGAUUUACUACGAUGUUGACCCCGUUGAAGAAGAGCCCGAGCCUGCUGCGGCCAGCUCAUCAGAUGCCCCCAGCCAGCCUGCUGCGGGCGCUCCCGCGGCUGCAGCUGCGCCGGUUGCUGCUGCUCCGGCUCCCUCCUCAGGGCCUGCAGCUCAGGUUCCUGAUCAGCCAGUGCAGGCUGUCGACAUCGUACAUACCAUCGUUGCGCAAAAACUCAAGAAGUCUCUUAGUGAUGUGCCGUUGAGCAAGGCCAUCAAGGAUCUGGUUGGAGGCAAAUCUACUCUUCAAAAUGAGAUUCUUGGUGAUCUUGGAAAGGAAUUCGGCUCAACGCCUGAGAAGCCUGAAGAUACGCCUCUCGACGAGCUCAGCGCUUCCAUGCAGGCCACCUUCGACGGCAACCUGGGCAAGCACACACAGUCACUCAUCGCCAGAUUGAUCUCCUCGAAGAUGCCUGGCGGCUUCAAUAUCACAGUAGCAAGAAAAUACCUGGAAACAAGAUGGGGCCUUGGUUCUGGUAGACAAGACGGAGCACUGCUGCUGGCUUUGACCAUGGAGCCUGCUGCUCGUCUAGGAAAUGAAGGCGAUGCCAAGGGAUUCCUUGAUGGGGUUGUCCAGAAGUAUGCCGCAAACGCCGGUAUCAGCCUGACGUCUGCGGCUGCCUCUGGUGGCUCCGAAGGUGGCUCUGGAGGCAUGAUGAUGGAUCCCGCUGCCAUUGACGCCCUCACCAAGGACCAGCGAGCUCUGUUCAAGCAACAACUGGAGCUCUUUGCCCGAUACCUCAAGAUUGAUCUCAGGUCUGGCGACAAGGCGCAUAUUGAGUCUCAAAAAUCAGAAAAGAUCCUGCAGGCCCAGCUCGACCUGUGGACCGCAGAGCACGGCGACUUCUAUGCCUCUGGUAUUGAGCCCGUCUUCAGCCCAUUGAAGGCGAGAUCUUACGACUCAUCCUGGAACUGGGCUCGUCAAGAUGCACUCACUAUGUACUAUGACAUUAUUUUUGGUAGACUCAAGACUGUCGACCGUGAAAUUGUCAGCCAGUGCAUCCGUAUCAUGAACAAAUCUAACCCCAAGCUUCUCGAGUUCAUGCAGUAUCACAUCGAUAACUGCCCUACUGAGCGCGGUGAGACCUACCAGCUCGCCAAAGAACUUGGUCAGCAGCUCAUUGAGAACUGCAAAGAAGUUUUGGAGCUGUCUCCUGUCUAUAAGGACGUUGCUGUCCCCACUGGUCCUCGCACCACCGUGGAUGCGCGUGGCAACCUCAACUACGAGGAAGUUCCUCGCGCCAGCUGCAGAAAACUCGAGCACUACGUCCAACAGAUGGCCGAGGGUGGAAAGAUUUCCGAGUAUGGCAACCGCACCAAGGUGCAAAACGACCUGCAGCGUAUCUACAAGUUGAUUAAGCAGCAGCACAAGAUGUCCAAGACUUCUCAGCUCGAAAUCAAGAGCUUGUACGGUGAUGUUUUGCGCUCUCUGGCCAUGAACGAGAGCCAGAUCAUUCCCAAGGAGAACGGCAAGGGCCGAAAGUCCGGCCUGAAGGGCACCAGCCUGAACAAGGGCAGGGUUGAGACCAUCCCAUUCCUUCAUCUCAAGAGAAAGACCCUGCACGGCUGGGACUACAGCAAGAAGCUCACUGCUGUCUACCUCAACUCUCUUGAGCAGGCUGCCAAGGAUGGUGUCACUUUCCAGGACAAGUAUGUCUUGAUGACUGGUGCUGGUGCCGGAUCCAUUGGUGCUGAGGUUCUGCAGGGCCUCGUCAGUGGAGGUGCCAAGGUUGUGGUCACUACCAGUCGAUUCUCCCGAGAGGUCACUGAGUACUACCAGGCCAUGUACACCCGUUUUGGCUCUCGCGGAUCUCAGAUCGUUGUCGUCCCCUUCAACCAGGGAAGCAAGCAAGACGUCGAGGCCCUCGUUGACUACAUCUACGACACUAAGGCGGGUCUUGGCUGGGAUCUCGACUACAUUGUUCCUUUCGCUGCCAUUCCUGAGAAUGGCCGACAGAUUGAUAACAUCGACUCCAAGUCGGAGCUGGCCCACCGUAUUAUGCUGACCAACUUGAUCCGCAUGCUCGGUUACGUCAAGUCUCAAAAGGCUGAGCGAGGCUUCGAAACUCGUCCCGCUCAAGUCGUCCUUCCCCUGUCUCCUAACCACGGUACCUUUGGUAACGACGGUCUCUACUCCGAGUCUAAGCUCGCUCUCGAGACUCUCUUCAACCGAUGGCACUCUGAGGACUGGGGCCACUACCUCACAAUUUGCGGUGCUGUUAUUGGAUGGACUCGCGGUACUGGUCUCAUGUCUGGCAACAACAUUGUUGCCGAGGGUGUUGAGGCUUUUGGCGUCCGAACAUUCUCUCAGCAAGAGAUGGCUUUCAACCUCUUGGGUCUGAUGUCCGCUACCAUUGUCGACCUCUGCCAGUCAGAGCCCGUCUUUGCCGACUUGAACGGUGGCUUGCAAUUCAUCCCCAACCUGAACGAGGCCAUGACCAAGCUUCGCAAGGAUAUUAUGGAGACUAGUGAAAUCCGCAGAAUCGUUUCUAAGGAGAGCGCUAUCGAGAACACUAUUGUCAACGGAGCCGACUCCGAGGUCCUUUACAAGAAGAAGACCAUCGAGCCCCGUGCCAACAUCAAGUUUGACUUCCCUCAUCUGCCCGACUGGAAGACCGAGGUCGCUCCUCUUAACGACCAGCUCAAGGGCAUGGUCGACCUGGAGAAGGUAGUUGUCGUCACUGGUUUCGCGGAAGUCGGCCCUUGGGGUAACUCUCGAACUCGAUGGGAGAUGGAGGCCCAUGGCGAAUUCUCGCUCGAAGGCUGCAUUGAAAUGGCCUGGAUCAUGGGUCUCAUCAAGAACCACAAUGGUCCUCUCAAGGGCAAGCCUUACGCUGGCUGGGUUGAUGCUAAGACCGGCGAACCUGUUGAUGACAAGGACGUCAAGCAGAAGUACGAGAAGUUCAUUCUGGAACACGCCGGUAUUCGUUUGAUUGAGCCUGAGCUGUUCGAUGGAUACGACCCCAACAAGAAGCAGCUGCUUCACGAGGUUGUCAUUGAAGAGGACCUUGAGCCAUUCGAGGCUUCCAAGGAGACUGCCGAAGAGUUCCGACGAGAACAUGGUGAUAAGGUGGAGAUUUUCGAGAUCCCCGAGUCUGGAGAGUACACUGUCCGAGUGAAGAAGGGCGCCUCGCUCUGGAUCCCCAAGGCUCUGCGCUUCGACAGACUCGUCGCUGGCCAGAUUCCAACUGGCUGGGACCCCAAGCGAUAUGGUAUCCCUGACGAUAUUGUCAGUCAAGUAGAUCCUGUCACCCUGUUCCUUCUCGUGUCGGUUGCUGAGGCCCUCCUGUCCUCUGGUAUUACCGACCCCUACGAGUUUUACAAGUAUGUCCACGUCUCUGAAGUUGGUAACAUUGUUGGCUCUGGUAUGGGUGGUGCUUCAGCCCUGCGUGGCAUGCACAAGGCCAGAUUCCUCGACAAGCCCCUUCAGAACGAUAUCUUGCAGGAAUCCUUCAUCAACACUAUGCCUGCUUGGGUUAAUAUGUUGCUGCUCUCUUCGUCUGGACCUAUCAAGACCCCUGUUGGUGCUUGUGCCACUGCUAUUGAGUCUGUUGACAUUGGUGUGGAGACCAUUUUGGAAGGCAAGGCUCGCAUCUGUCUUGUCGGUGGUCUCGACGACUUUGGUGAGGAAGGCUCUUACGAGUUCGCCAACAUGAAGGCCACCAGCAACUCAUUGGAUGAGUUUGCCCAUGGCCGUACUCCCGGUGAAAUGUCACGUCCUACGACUACUACCCGAAACGGCUUCAUGGAGUCUCAGGGAUGUGGUGUCCAGGUCAUCAUGACAGCCAAGCUUGCUCUGGAUAUGGGAGUCCCUAUCCACGGUAUCCUUGCUUACACCACCACUGCCUCUGACAAGAUCGGACGUUCCGUCCCUGCUCCUGGCAAGGGUGUUCUUACGUCUGCGCGUGAGCACGCUGGCAAGUUCCCCUCGCCACUGCUUGACAUCAACUACCGUCGCCGACAGAUUGAGCGCCGCAAGAAACAGAUUAAGCAGUGGGAAGAGUCUGAGCUGGAGUUCUUGCACGAUGAAAUCGAUGCUAUGAAGGCUCAGGGCGGUGCCUUUGACGAGAAGGAGUACGCCCAGGAUCGUGUCGCACACAUCCAGAGGGAGGCUGAGAGACAAGAAAAGGAGCUCCUCCGAAGCAUGGGCAACAACUUCUGGAAGAGCGAUCCAUCCAUCGCUCCCCUCCGUGGUGCUCUUGCAACAUGGGGCCUUACCAUUGACGACCUAAAGGUUGCCUCUUUCCACGGUACAUCUACCGGUGCCAACGACAAGAACGAGUCCUCUGCCGUUUGCCAGCAGCUGCGUCACCUUGGCAGAAGCAAGGGUAACGCCGUCCUGGGUGUCUUCCAGAAGUUCCUUACUGGUCACCCCAAGGGUGCUGCCGGUGCUUGGAUGUUGAACGGUGGUCUACAGAUUCUGAACACUGGUCUGGUCCCUGGUAACAGAAAUGCCGACAACAUCGACCCCAUCAUGGAAGACUACGACCUGAUUGUUUACCCUAGCCGUAGCAUUCAGACUGAUGGCGUCAAGGCUUUCUCCCUCACUUCGUUCGGUUUCGGACAGAAGGGAGCCCAGGCAGUCGGUGUCCACCCCAGAUACCUGUUUGCAACUCUCGACGAAAAGACUUACCAGGAGUACUGCGCCAAGGUCGAGGCCCGACAGAAGAAGGCUUACCGUUUCUUCCACAACGGCAUGAUUAGCAACACUCUGUUCGUCCCCAAGGCUCACGCUCCUUACACUGAUGAGCAGCUCAGCGAGGUUCUGAUGAACCCUGAUGCUCGUGUCACCGAAGACAAGAAGACAAAGGAGCUCAAGUAUGCGGAAAAUUUCAUGAAGGCGUCUGAAAAGGUUGUCCCUGCAGUCACUGUCAAGGAGACACAGCAGGUCAUUGAGGCGCUCGCUCACAAGGUUACAAGCAAGAACAGCAAUGUGGGUGUAGAUGUCGAGGAUAUCUCUGCCAUCAACAUUGAGAAUGAUACUUUCAUCGAGCGUAACUUUACUAGCCAGGAGAUUGCUUACUGCAAGAGCUCUGCUAGCCCCCAGAGCUCAUUCGCUGGCCGAUGGAGCGCCAAGGAGGCAGUUUUUAAGUCUCUUGGCGUCGCCAGCAAGGGUGCCGGCGCUGCUCUGAAGGAUAUUGAGAUCCUCAGGGAUGAUUCUGGCGCGCCUACUGUUACUCUUCAUGGCGAUGCGGCUGCUGCUGCUAAACAGGCUGGUGUGAAGGAGGUUUCCGUCUCCAUCUCUCAUGCUGAUAAGCAAGCUGUUGCCGUGGCAGUUGCUCACUUCUAAGGGGCACCCAUGGAGGAUGGCUUGGUUGUGUAUCAUGUUUAGAAUGGGCGAUGAAUCAGCUUAAAAUGAGAAUGGCGUUGUUGCAAAGCAGGGGGCUUAAUGGCUUGGGAUUUCAAUGUGUAUCAUGGGACUGAUGACAUAUGACGUGAAGGACAAAUUCACUAGAUCUUUUAAAGAACGAUUUUUAUUAAGAUGUUUGAGUUAGAUGGCCCUAAUAGAAGGCCAAUCAAGAUUUUUAUCUUUUUUUUUAUUGAUUUUGAUGUCGCGU